UGCAUACAUAGUACAUUGAUUACCCACAUGCCAAUCCAAUCCAGUCCGAUCCCUCUCCUUAUCUUACCUUACCUACUAUGUACCCUGAAGCACCCACGAUACCCGAAUUCCCGACAUUUCCAUGCAUUUCAAACCUUCUCGUCUUACUUUCCUAUCCUGGACAGGAUUUUAUGUGGCGUUUCUGUUUGUCUGUGGCCGCCGCCCCCCUCCGCGGCCCCCCUUCCCCUCCGGUAGCUUUCUUUCUUUUCUUUCUUCAACUGUUCUGUGUGCCCGGGCAGUAUCUAUCCCUUGCUGCUGGGCUCCACUUUUGGUGCAAUUCUAUUUGCGUUUGUUUUGUUGUAUGUAUUAGUAGUUAGUACUGGGGGAGAGUGGUGUCAUGUGAUUCUGGUGUGUUAUAUAUUUCCGGGGAUUGGGGAUUGGGGAUUGGGGGAGUUUAAUUGGGGA